GGUUCCCGCCGCGGCCGGGAAGACGGGAGGGGCGCCAAAGGCGUCGCGGAGAUGGAGGUCGGCAGUGUGGAGGGCGAGGUGCUCAGCUAUACGGGCGUCGAUGUCAGCGGGGGCAUGCUGAGCGUGGCGCGCGACCGCAUCCGCGAGUCGGUGCCGGGGCUCAAGAGGAUCAUGCGCAAGCGCAGGGUCGAGGCGAUGCCCCGGCUGGCGUCGGCGACGGCGGGGGCGGACGCGGUCGGGCUGGAUGAGGGGGGCGUGCCGGUGGUGCUUGCGCUGGACGGGCGGGUGAGGCUGGUGCUGGGGGACGCGGAGCGGGGGUUGCCUGCGCCGCCGCCGGUGGGAAACACCAAGGGGCCCGUGGACAAGCCAGCGGCCAAGUACGACACCGUCAUCCAGACGUUCGGGCUGUGCAGCGUGGCCGACCCGGCGCGGCUGCUCGCCAACAUGGCCGCCAAGGUGCAGCCCGACACGGGGCGCAUCCUCCUGCUGGAGCACGGCCGCGGGCACUACGACUGGAUCAACCGGAUGCUGGACAAAUACGCGCCCGCGCACUUCCACAAGUACGGCUGCUGGUGGAACCGCGACAUCGAGCAGCUCGUGCGCCAGGCGGCCCAGACCGUGCCGGGCCUGGAGGUGGUCAGCCUCGAGCGCCCGGGCUGGUUUCAGGCCGGGACCACCUUCUUGAUCGAGUUAAGGGUCAAGAGCCAAAGUGCUCAGGCUGGUGGGAAUGUGAAAAAGGCGUAGCGGGCGGUGGGGACUGUAGUGGUGUAUACCAACCUGUAUAAACAUGUAGAUCUCCUGAGACAAGUUCGCUUGUAGUAGAGUACUCGUGUGUCAUAUGCUGAGGUUGGGUAAGUGGAGU